CGGGGAGGAGGGAAGAAGAGAAAGCGAGAGAAUCCGGGUUCCCGUCCUUAGUUUUGACUGCCUUGAUGAUUGUUUGUUGGUCGGUAUGAGUUGGGUACCGUUUUUUAAUGGGUUUUGUGAACUGGGUUCAGCGUACAUGUGGUUGGUGUGAUGAGAGGGGUUGUUACGUAUGUGGGUUAGAUUUUUUGGGAUGAUCGUUUAGUGAUUAUGAGUUGUAUCAGAGUGGGCUUUGUGGGUUUCUGUCGGCGUGACUUUUUGUGGGUGACUGUUAGGAGGUAUUGGGGUUAGGAGGUUGGAUGCGAUAAUGAAGCAGAGUAUUGAUGCAGAUGUGUUUUUCAUUGAAGCUGACGCGAUUGAAACAUCGGUGUUGGUAGCGGUUAUUGGAGGCAAUAGUGGCGGUUCUUAAGCCAUCAAAUUUUCUGAGGAUAGUGGAACAGUUCCGCGUGAUUGUGCUGCUUGACACAAGGUUAACUUGAUGCUUUGUUGUCCCUAGGUGGGAUGUAGAAAGAGCAUAUGGAAUCCCGCGGGCUAGGGAAGCCUUUUAUUUGGAGGGGCUGUGGCAAACAACUCAACAUUUUUAGUCUAAUUACCUCUAGUCUCUCAAACUUCUGACUGCAAUCACGAUAUAAUCAAUAGCUCACAUGAGCUCUACUGCUAUUUCUUUCAAGAUGAGAUUCAGUACAGGGUGGCUAGACGAUUCAAUUUUGUCUUUCCAAGAGAAGUCUACGCAUGCCAUCUCUGCUUAUCAGAAAUGAGGAGUUAUCGACGGACCUUGGAAAGGUGGAGAUCGAAUGGAAGGAAAAGUCUCCGAAAUGCCCAAGAAAGUGUUGACUUGCAGAGAAAUGACACCUAGUUGACGACGAUAACGUGAAUGUCCUAGCGAGUAGUAAACCAUGGCUACUGAAUGGUCCUUGAGUGAAGAGAUCCGUCUCAUACGGGAGCGAGUGAAGGUGCUCAACCAGAUCCCGAAGGCAUGCAAGCAGUUGUCAGAGAGAUUCCGGGAUCUGAAGCGAACUGUACAGUUCAAUCAAGGCCAAUGCACCUAUCUAUGUGACAGCUUCUCAGUUGUGCUUGACGAGUUGUCCUGGUCUAUACAGAAGGAAUAUUCAAAUAUCCACCAGAAGGCCAUCGAGUUGCAACGAAAGUCCGUCCGGCAGUGCGCGGACUUCGAUCAUUGUCUUUCACUUUGUAGGGACUCUUUUCUAGAAUUGAAUCAUGCCAUUCAUGAUGGCCAGGAGCUUGUCACAGCUUGCACUUUAGAGCACUGGUGUCGGUCAGCUAUCAUUAUGUCAAAUCCCUUUGAUGCGCAGGAUUCUGGACACAAGCAGUUCUUCAGGUCCCCGUUUGCCAUUUGUCUUCGGAGAUUUUUGUGGAGCCUGGAUGUUGUUGAGAAUGCCUUUAUGGUACUGACAAGAAAUCCCAACUUCAGAUAUCGUGAGCGUUUGAACCUCUACUUUGUUGACAAAGGUAGCAAUAGCAACAAUGGCCUUACACUUGAAAGCCUGACCGAUCUUUUGAUGGGAAACAAGGCCAUGGAUCUGAACAUAAUCAACACUUUGGUUAGCAAUGCUCUUCACUUCCUCGAAUUAAGCGACCGAAGAAACAUGAUGAGAAAACUUGAGGACAUAGUGGACGACUCUUUUCGCCACGAUUUCGAGUUCACCCAGCAUCAGGCUAUUGCAGAGUUCCUUCUGAAGAAGCUAAGUGGACCUUGUCCUCACAUCGACUCUCUUCCGGAAACCUAUUGGCUGGAUCACAAAGAUUUGGCGUGCAUUCGGCAUCUUGGGCAUGGAGACCACAGUGUAACAGAUGAAUAUGAGUGGUUUGGACGUAAUGUUGCUGUCAAGGUCAUCUCAGGUAUUGACAAGGAUUUUGUAGCUAAGAAGGCGGCAAUGUUGGCCAUGGUAAAACAUCCGCUUGUGGUGCAGUUGAUUGGGUGUGCAUACAGAGAAGAGGAUCGAACAGGAAUGUUGGUCUUAGAGCUCAUGGAUCAGGAUCUUCGAUCACUCUUGAAUUCUCGUUCCUCGAUGGAGGCUCCUUUCAACUUGGUUGUUGCCAUCGACAUUAUGCUCCAGGUAGCGAGGGCAAUGGAACAUCUCCAUGAUUUUCAGAUAAUCCAUGGGGAUCUGAGGACUGCUAAUCUGCUAAUCAAGCCUAGUAACUUCCCCGGGCGUGAGAAAUUUCAAGUAAAGGUUUCAAAUUUUGGACAAACGAAGUACAAGUUGGAGGGCAGGUCAAAGAGUGCUCAUUGUGCAGGGAAACGUGGUGUUAAAUUCGACGAAAGAAUUCUUUGGAGAGCACCAGAGAUCAUUGGGGACCAGGUUGGUGAUGGAGAAAGGUUAACAGCGUCCGCCGAUGUUUACAGUUUUGGCUUAAUUUGUUACGAAAUUCUCACUGCGAAGUUGCCAUAUGGGGAUAUAACGCUUGGAUCAUUGUCUGAGAAAGUCAUCUCAGGCGAGAGGCCGGAGCUGCCAUCAUAUUGCCCCGACUACCUAGCAGAAUGUAUCCAACAAUGCUGGGUUCCGGUACCUGAAGACAGGCCUACCUUUGGGGAGGUCUGCGCACGUAUGGCUUAUUAUAAAAAAUUGAUACUGAUGAGGAGCACGAGGAAGCAUUGGUACCCUCCCGAUUUCAUUGAGUUGGAGAAGAUUCUUAUCUUGAAAAGUGGUCGACUUGCGUUUGACAGCGAAAACGGCAGUGGGGACAAAGCUUCGUUAUUGAAUGAGCAGCACUAAAGCUGUAGUCCCCAAUGUUUCUAUCUGUAAUUAAAUAGGGAUGCGAACUCUAUAUUCCAGUGAUUGUCCGAGGAGUAUGAAGCAGAGUUUGGUGCAAUGUUGUGUGAAAAUAUGCAAUUUUACAGGGGCAGUGACCUAGUGCUUCUAUGCAGUUGCAUAUCUGUUCAGGUAAUAUUGUUGAUACGAAUCGCUCUUAAAGAUUACUUUUAUUUCCUUUUUGUUUAUGGCUUUGAGUGGUAAUCUUUCUUACAAAAAUGCGUUCAAUACAAUGCAACAUGUAAGAUUCCCUGUGCUGCAUGAGUUCAGGCUCGGAGACGCAUGUUCGUUCUUGGAGCUGGCUCCAUGUUCGUCCGUCCUGCACAAUUUCUGCCAUCCUAGUACAGUGUUUAGCGCCCACCUGAGUUUCAGUAGGAUUUUGUUACAGCCCUAAGGUCGGGACAGCAAUUCCCUUAUCAGGCAAGGCACGAGUGAUGGGUAGAAGAAAUUGGAUUGUUCUAUGCUAGGCAUUCAAAGAAAACAUUCUUUUGUGUUGAGAUUCCACUUCGCGUUUAUUGUGGAACGGGGCUAAUUGUGCUGCAUCGCAGCAAUCUUUCUCCCAAUUCCGUAAUUCAUGUCUAUUGAAGUGGUUUUCUUUCAGGUUGAAGAGCCUAAAAACUCUUUGCUUAUGGCACCUUUUGGAGUGUAUGAGCAGCUCUGUAAAACGUAUUUGUUACGAUUGUAAGUUCCGUAAGGACGGCUUUGUUCAUUGUCCCA